AUGGAUGUGGCACUUGAGUCAAUUAUACCAUCCCGAUCAAAAAAUUUCGAAAAGAAGAUCAUCGUCAUAUUUAUGGUUACAUCACAAACCACCAUGAUGAAUGGAAAUCAGGGUAAGCUGAUCGUAAUACUUAAAGAAUUGGACGCGUCGUCAAAAGAAGAAAAACAGGAAGAAAUUACCUUGCCAUCAUUGCCGCCUGGCACCAAAGUAACAGACCCGAACAUGGUUAUUACUCCUAUUCUUACAGAAAAUAAUAUAAUACACCAUUCUAUACCUACAGUACGUAGAUGA